AUGUCGGUUUAUCUAUCGCUGCUAUUUGGGUUUUUGGUUAUGGAGAUGGUGGUACUUUUUAUCUUGGUUAUGCCUUUACCGCACUUGCUGAGAAGGGUUAUAGUCGUCAACUCGGAGAAGUUGUUGAGAACAUCAGAGUUAAAGACAGCCGUUUGGAUAUCAUAUGCGUUAAUUGGACUCCUAUUCCUGGAUUCUUGGAAAAGAGUUUCACAAGCGGAGAAACACUACGAGGACGGGUUUGGGGAUAGAAUGAUGGAAUCUUCAAUGCAGAAUUUUGUGACAAAGACGUACAAUCAGCGAAAUUUGUACAUUACGGGAUUCAUUUUGUACUUUAGUAUAUGCAUUCCAACUGUUUUAAAAGUCAUCGAAAGCCUAUCAAAGCAUGAGCAGUUACUUAAAGAGGGAACCACAUUGAAGGAGGAAACGAAGGAUUUGAAGGCAUUGGAAGUUGAGUUGAAGAAUAAGAAAGCUACACUAAAGGCAUUGAAGGCUCAGAAGGCUAACUUGGAGGCUCAUUUCGAUAAAGUUACAGAACCAAGUGAACGUAAGACGGCCAAGACAAAGAAACGCGAGUAG